AUGUGGAAAAAUACCUACACCGUUGGGUUGAUUGUACCCUUGAUUAUUGCCGCACUCUAUGAUUUGUCGAUAAGUGGAAUUCCAUCACCUACCAAUCCUGCUCAAGCACACAAAGCUCCACUGGGAUUCGUCCCAGUAGGUAACUAUACACAACUGCAAGACAGCGAUGGGACCGACAUUUUGUUCGUCCACGGGCUUGGAUCCAACCCUGAUACAACAUGGCAGGCACGCAGGCGGACGCAAGGACUCAAUGCAAGCGAUGCAAAUGUGAACUGGGUCAGUGAAUUUCUCCCUGAUGAUUUAGGGCAGUUAGAGACUGGCAGCACUCGCCUUUACUUCUUCAACUUCGACUCGUUUUGGAAAAGAGAUGCGGCGCAGGCCAGGCUCACAACUAUUGGGAACGAUCUUUUGGAGCACAUGGCAAAUGGCAUACGUCGGUCACCGGAGGCAAAACGUCGUAAGCUUGUACUUGUCGGGUACAGCUAUGGAGGGCUCGUCAUCAAGAAGGCCGUGGUCCUUGCUCGUGGGAGCCCUGACUUUGAGUACGUGGUUGAGAACACACAGGCGAUCAUUUUUCUAGGGACGCCUCACCGUGGAUCCACGUUCAGUUCAUGGGGUCGUCGGGUAGCUGGCUUACUUCGACUGGUUGGAUCGAAUCCUUCUAUACUGGCGGAAAUAGAGUACGAUUCUACCAUGCUACUGGACUUACACAUGGGGUUUGAGGCUGGCAUAGGUACGGAAACUCAGAUCGUCAAUGUCUUCGAACAGCGACCGACUCUAUUGUUCCGCUUCUGGUUCUUUCAAUGGAGAGAGUUUUGCGUUCGCGAACAAUCUGCAAAGUUUGGAGGAGGGAGGGUACGGAACAUUGGCCUGCCCGUAGACCAUCGCGGGUUGAACAAAUUCGCCUCCCGGGAUAGCAGCUACCGGGUUCUAUUAUCUAUUUUGUCGUACGCGAUCACUUCUGGCCCUCAAAAAUCGCGCCGCAGUCAUGAUCCGAAGGACGAGUUCCGAGUCACGUUGCAACUACCAAUGCUACGCAGUGAUCGAUUCACAGGAAGGGACGAUAUUCUACAGCAUGUUCAUCGCUACUUCAAGGAUGAAUGUACCCCCUCCCAGCAAUGUGUAUUUGCUCUGCAUGGUCCAGGGGGUAUAGGUAAAACGCAGAUUGCUGUUGAAUACGCAUAUCGCUACAUGGAUAGAUACACAUCCGUGUUCUGGAUCGAUGGGUCCAGUGAGCCAGCUAUUCUCCAGAGUUUUACCCAUGCGGCUGAUCAAGUCUUGAGCCGCUUCCGAGAAACCCAUACAAAUAAUACUGAAUACAUGAAGUUUGCUGCAUUAUUUGGGGGCGACAAUGUUUCUUAUGACACGAGUCCCGGUAUUGAAAAAAGGGCUAGGACUGUAAGAGGGAUGUUCGACUGGCUGACGCAGCAAGAGAACCAUCAAUGGCUGCUUAUAUUCGACAAUGUUGACGAUUUGGACUCAUUUGACAUUCGCAACCAUAUCCCCAGGGUGCCAUUUGGUAGCAUCCUUCUCACAAGCAGGCGAAAAGAUAUCUCCGGGUACUGGAAAAGCAUCGCAGUUGGAGAGAUGGCCAAAGAAGAGGGAAAGUCUCUAUUUUCUAAGAGCUCUGGCUUCUACGGGGAGGUUGAAGACACUGUUGCCCAAGAACUACUCCACUUGUUGGGGUAUUUCCCACUUGCCAUAGAGCAGGCUGGUGCCUAUCUAUCUGCUCAACAGAACUUCCUCCCGGAUCAGCCAGAGCAGUUUACUCGGGCUGUUCGGAAAUACAUCGAGCAGUAUCACGUCAACGCCGAAAGACUCCUUGCCCAUAGACGACCUCUGUCUAUAUGGGACUACCGUAACGACACAAUUCUCACUACAUGGGAGGUUUCUCUCAAUGCCGUCCAGGAGAAAACACCGGAAGCUGCUGAACUUCUGUUUCUUUGCGGUUUCUUGUCAAACAAUGAUAUCUCUGAGGACAUGCUGUCAGACGACGUACACCUUCAAACAAGCAAGAACUCAAUCUCCGAGUUAUUCCAACUGCUCGCCUCUUUCUCUCUGGUUCGUUUCACCUCCUCAAUGAAUGCCAUCACCAUCCAUCCUUUAAUCCACUACUGGCUUCGGCAACGACUGCCCCUACAGAGAAAGCAGGAACUCACGCACAGGGCCCUCGUGCUUCUUGCUCGUACAUUGCGCCUUAAGCAUCCAGAGGGUCAUCUGGGCACAUGUGACUGUAAUACAAAUCACCUAGGACCGCAUAUUCAUGCAGCUCUUGCAAAUGCCCGAGUAUACCUCUCCAAAGCACCAGUGUUGACCUCGAUUGACCUCCCGCAUCCGCUAGAACAUCUGACAAUGUCCCAUAAGCUAUCAUUUCUCUUUGAAAGGCCAUAUUGGUGGUAUCUCUGGCUUCUUGGCCAAUUACAAGAAGCGGGACUGCUCUUUAAGUCUGUAUAUCGCGAAGAGGAACAACUGGAGGAUGAUGCAUGGCUACUCACAUACAAAUUGACGAUUGCGAUCCGAGACUAUAAUCUUCCGGCUGCAGCCCAGUUAUUCAACUGGGAGCUGUCGGAGGUGUACCGCAAGCUUCAUCCAAUGCACCCAAGGUCUUUGAGCGUCGCAGGAGACCUAGCUUGGGUACUUUAUAGGCUGCAACAUUUUGAGGAAUCAAGGAGGUGGUACGAAUGGAUAUUGACAGCGCGACAGCGUGUCUUGGGGCAUAACCACUACGCUACAAUGGGGGCGCUUAUCGGCCUAGCGGCUCUCCACGAAGCAGAAGGUAACUUUGACAAAGCACUUGAGCUGAGACUUACUGCAUACCAAAGUCGAGUGGCAAGGCUAGGUCCGAGAAACUUGUUGACGCAGAAUGCCGCAAAGACGGUUGCAAAUCAAUAUUUCGAUCUGGAAAGAUACGAGGAAGCAGACAAAUUGUACCGCACAGUGCUGGACGCAGAAGUGGAGAUACACGGUCUGAAGCACAAAAGGGUCUUGACUCUCGUGCGAGACUAUCUUGCCAACUUCGCCUCGAAGUCUAUCCUGGACAAACAGGCUGAAUGGGCAAGGAUUGAGUAUCAAAUACUGAACGCUACCAUGGGGCCAGUGCACCAAGAAACCUUGGACAGCGCCGAGCGUAUGGCUUUGAUCCAUUUUGAGCUGGAUCAACAUGAACAGGUGCUUGAGUGGGGGUUGAGGAUCUUUGACGGAAGAAAUCGUACACUUGGCCUAUAUCACAAGGAUACAAUGGAUACGAUGCAUAACCUUGGCAGAGUUUCGCAUCAUCUAUCUAGACUGGACGAGUCGCUGAGGUGGGACCUCAUGGCAUAUGAGACUCGAAACCGCACCUUAGGGCAGUAUAAUGAGCGCACUCUGGGGAGUGCUCUUAAUAUUGGUGCUACAUAUGCUGACCAGCUCCGAUUCGACAAGGCACUGGAAUGGUCCUCUAUCGCCUUUCAGGGUCAAAAUCGCACCCUAGGGCUGGAUCAUGAAAGUACCCUAAAGAGUGCUUAUAGCAUCGGGCUCGCAUACGAAGGCCAAUUUCAAUAUGAGAACGCCCUUGCCUGGUAUUCCAUCGCCUUUGAGGGUCAAAAUCGUACUCUGGGCCCGAACGAUAGAGCCACCCUAUGGAGCGCUAAGAAAGUUGGCUUUAUAUACGACCGCCAAUUCAGAUUUGACGAGGCGCUGGAGUUUUACUCUAUGGUCUUCCAGCGUCGAAAUCGUACUCUAGGACCGGAUUCUUACCUCACACUGGAAAGUGCGCACGAUAUUGGCGUUGUAUACCAUCACCAGUCCCGAUUUGGCAAGGCAAUAGAGUGGUACACUUUUGCCUUUGAGGGCCAGAAGCGUACAUUAGGCCCGGAUGCGCAGGAGACCCCAUGGAGCGCCGCUAAUAUCGCUUUUGCCUACCGCGCUCAGUCCCAGUUCGAAAAUGUGCUGGAAUGGCAUUCGAUUGCGUUUGAAGGCCACAUUAUCGCCUUGGGGCCGGGUCAUGAAGCCACGCUUUGGUCUGGACUGCAUGUUGGACGGGUCCACAUGGAUCUAGAACAAUACCACGAGGCCCUGGGUUGGUUCAGACGCGUUCUGUCUCUCGGGGAUGAGUCUGGGUCUCUUGGAAUAGGUCAGGACCUUGAGGUUCUGCGGGAAGCCCGGAAGGAGAUUUCGAAGAUCGAGUGCUGGAUGGAUUCGCGGGAGCGCUGUGAAUACGAGGCUCGAAUGGAAGCGGUGAAGGUUGUGUUGGGAGAGGAGCAGUCUAUUUAUCUGGAGAGUAGUUGGAUGCUAGAGGCACCUGCUACUACUACAGGAUCGUAG